AUGGCGGAUCCAGAAGUUGGAACUUCACUGCUCAAUGCCGAGAGGAGCAUCGUAGCUUCAUCACCAAGCGAACCGCCCCAAGCAAGGAAGAUGAAGGAUGAGUCCCAUACUGUGGGUCGCGAUGAUUUUGCGAACAAACUCGUGUUACUGUUGAUUGAUAAAAAAGGCGACCAUGCCAACCUGAGAGUGAUUUCGGUGGUCGGCGAGGGAGCCAUCGGCAAAACAGCUCUAGUGAGGAGCGUCUGCAAUCGAGCAGACAUUAAGAAUCAUUUUGACCGCUGUGCUUGGGUCCGGGUUGGGCCGAAGCCUAACCUGGUUCAUCUCAUGGCUGACUUGCUCAAGCAGUUGAGGGUCCCGAAAUUGCAAGACGUGGAUCGUAUGGACGAGAAAAAGCUGUCCGAUGAGCUCGCACGAGUCCUGAUAGGGUGCUGUUAUCUAAUAGUCCUGGAUGACUUGUGCAAACUCCAUGUCAUGGACGAGCUCAUGAUGGUGCUUGCGGACUCGAGGAACGGGAGCAGAGUAAUUGUCACGACUCGUAACCCGGACAUACCCUCUUCCAUUGAUCCGUGGUAUUUCAAGCCUCUCAAGUUGAGCCCCCUCCACCGAGAACAGAGCGAGAAGUUAUUGGAAAAAUGCCGCCUGGCUUCCAAUGUGGCCGAUCUGCCGGUGAAUCUCCUCCCUCUCAAAGAGACGAUUCUUAGCAAAUCAGGCGGUUCUCCCCCAAAGAUCCUUCUACUCGGAGGACUUUUAUCUGCCACCCCGUCAGAUAGAUGCACCGACCUUGCCUAUCGGCUUACCAAUGGGCUUCCCGAUCGUCCUACACUCCAAGAUGUUGUGCGUUUGAGUGUUAAUGAACUUCCAGAAGGGUUAAAGCAAUGUGCUCUGUACUUGGCUCUUUUCCCUAAGGAAUCUGAGAUUCCCACGAGGAGGCUCUUUAGACUCUGGUCAGCUGAAAAUCUAGCAUCUUCAGCGUUGGAGAACUGUGCAGAGGAACGUUUCGAGACACUGGUGUCUAGACACAUGGUCGAAGUGGCUCGACAGAAAUGGGACGGGAGUGCCCAAUCAUGCCGCUUGCCUGGAUCGUUGUACGAUGUCUUUUAUCAGAUGGCUGAGAAUGAAAGAUUCCUCAAGAUCUAUGACUGUUCAAUUCAUGGUAAAAAGAAGUUCAAAGCCCCGCGUAUCGCCAAACAUAGGGAUAUUUCUGGAUGGGGAGAAGCAAAGGCAAAAAUAAAUGUGCCAGAAACAGGACGAGGAUGCUCAGAAACAAAUGCACAAGAAGCACACAUGGAGAUCACUCCCACCAGCGACAAUUCCCCGCUGUGCAGUAUCCAACAACUUUUUUCCUAUGUGUCAUUCAACACCAUGAAGCUAGGAACACAGGCCGGAGAGACAAUGGUGUUACUUAAACCGCUAGUGCCAAAGAGGCACUCGAGUUUGCUGAGGGUACUUGAUCUUGAGGGUGUCUACAAGCCUUGGCUUCCGGAGGAGCUUGGCAACAUAUUGCCGAACCUAAAGUACUUGGGACUGAGAUGGACUCUCCUUGAAAGGCUUCCGAAGUCAGUGGCGCUAUUGUCACGCUUGGAAACUUUGGAUUUGAAGUACACUAACAUAUCCACUCUACCAUAA